AAGCAUUUCAUCAAUCAAACCUCUUGCGGAAAUCAUUUUAACGCAUUUCAUCAAUCAAAACUCGUUUAAGUUCAUAAAAUCCAUAUUUUAUGAUAAUUUCAGGUGUAGCAAGAACACCGUGAAUAGCUAGCUGUACAUGAUCCUGAGUGAUCUCAGGUAGAUUACGCAAUUUCAGCAAUUUCAGGUGCAGCUAGCAAGAACACCGUGAAUAGCUGUGAUGAGGAGUUCCACUCAGCAAUUUCAGCAGUAUCCCUAAAAUUGAAUGCUAUUACAGGGAUCUCAGGUAGAUUACGCAAUUCAGCGCUGACCGUUGACUGUAAUUUGAAGAAUCUGAAACUGUGAUGAGGAAUUCCAGUCGGCAAUUUCAGUCUAUAUAAACAGAGCAGUUCCUGACCGGUAAGUCAUGUUUUGAGCUCUCAUCUUCUCCAACCCCUCCCUCCGUUCUUUCAUGAUUAUUCUUUGCUUUCUUCUGUUCACUUUAUCGCUGUGAAUAUUUCUUGCUGACAACAUUCUUCUUCUUCCUUGAGUCGGAUGUUUUGGUAAACUGAACUAAACGCUGCUUCUUUCUAUUGCUAUUUCGGUCUUAUUGUUUCGAUUCUAUCCAACUAUACGACCUAGAACACCAAUGAACAAUCUAUAGACCGAGUGAGCAGUACCAUUUCUGGAGAAAACUACAUUCCAGGCAUGCUAGGUCGUCUGCCUCCUUUCAUCUAGCUUUUCAUCUGGAUGAAAUUCACGUCCAGACCAGCAGCUGGGUCUGAAGACAAUCCUCGGAAGUUCUCUUGUUCGGGUAACAAUGCUGGCUUUGGUGAAAACGCACAAGGCAAAGCCCAUUUCAAGAAGCAAGAUGAUUUGAUUGGUGUUGUAGUCUUUAUGGAUCAGGAUGAGGACACCUCAAAAACCACCACUAUAUGCUGCCUAAUAAGAGGCACCACCACUAGAGGAAAGGGAGGUUCGAAAAUGGCUGUUGCAUUACAAAGGUGUGUUUCAAAGCACCAUGAGGAGACCUCAAAAACCACCACUAUGUGCUGCCUGAUAAGAGGCACAACCAGUAAGGGGCCCAGUAGAGGAAAGGGUGGUUCGAAAAUGGCUGUUGCAUUACAAAAGUGUCCGCCAAAGAACCAUCAAAAACUGGGUGCUCGAGCUACUGGAUAUAAGCCCAAUUGUGGCUUCCGUUAGUUAUGUACAUGGCUUGGCACAUUCAACACUGCUUAUGAUGCCGUGGUGGGUUACGUGCAUGCUUAAUGAGCCAUUGCUGCUACCCUUGGAUGUAGUUUGCUUCCUGAAGAAUGUAGUGGAGGAGCAAGAUCAUCAGGACGGUGAUAAGAUGAUGGCGGAUGGAAUAUGGCCUGAGGGCUGAGGCAUGCAGUUUGAACGGCUUACUAGAUCUGCGCUGCUCCAAAUGAAUUAGUUUAUUGAAAUGACAUUGGUCGUAUCUGUACCUGAAUUCAAUUUUGAAUGACAUUGUGUUAAGGAACUAUUUGAAGAACUAAUAUUAUAAUGUAUAUAUGUGUGUGUAUAUAUAAAUUUUGAUCUCACACUCACAAAUGCGUACACAUUACAAUAUCCAUUUUAUAAAC